AUGUCCAACCAAACGACAAUGACCGAGUUCCUUCUCUUGGGUUUCUCUGACAUUCGGAAGCUGCAGCUUUUGCACUUUGUAGUGUUUCUGGUGAUUUACCUGGCAGCCCUGGUGGGAAACCUUCUCAUCAUCACAGUCAUAGCCCUCGAUCUCCACCUUCACACCCCCAUGUUCUUCUUCCUGAUGAAUCUGUCCAUCCUAGACCUCGGCUCCAUCUCUGUCACCAUCCCCAAAUCCCUGGCCAACUCCCUCAUGAACACCAGGGUGAUUUCUUAUCCUGGAUGUGUCGCCCAAGUCUUUCUCGUCUUCUUCUUUGCUUCAGCAGAUUUUGCCAUACUGACCAUCAUGGCAUAUGACCGAUACGUGGCGAUCUGCCAACCACUGCACUAUGAAAGAGUGAUGAACAGGAGAGCUUGUGUCGAAAUGGCAGCCAGUGCCUGGAUCUGUGGUCUUCUCUACUCUGCCCUGCACACUGGGAAUACGUUUGCAAUAAUCUUCUGUGGAGGUAACAUGGUGAAUCAGUUCUUCUGUGAAAUCCCCCAGCUACUCAAGCUCGCCUGCUCUGACACAUACCUCAGUGAAGUUGGGGUUAUUGUCUUUAGCGUGUGCUUAGUCUUCAGCUGCUUUGUUUUCAUAAUUGUGUCGUAUGUUCAGAUCUUCAAAACAGUGCUAAGAAUCCCCUCUGAGCAGGGCCGGCAAAAAGCCUUCUCCACCUGCCUCCCUCACCUCAUUGUGGUCUCCUUGUUCCUUUGUACUGCUACCUUUGCCUACCUGAAACCUUCCUCCAGCUCAACCUCAGGUCUGAAUCUCAUGGUGGGUGUUCUCUAUUCUGUGUUGCCACCAAUAAUGAAUCCGAUCAUCUACAGCAUGAGAAACAAGGAGAUCAAAGGUGCACUGAGUAAAUGGAUAGGUUGGAGAUUACCCACUAAGAAUAAAAUGUCCAUAUUUCUCCUUCAGUAG